CCGUCUGAGAGUGAGGAGUGGUUUGUGUAUUUACACCGCAAUUUCUAACAAUCUUCAUAAAAAUUAAAACCAUGGCUAUGUUAAACCAUGCUUUAGUAGCCCGUACUCAACAGCUUAUGGUGGACGCUAACCAAGAAAAUCCUCCCACUGCGAUUUUUCAGGUUGCUGCAGAGACCAAAAGACCACAGCAAAUUCCUGACCGGGUCAACAUAUUAGUGAGUAAGAUUGCCAGUGAUGGUGCGAUAUCCGGAAUUGUGGAAGUUAUCAUGAAUAGGUCACACUCUGGAUUAUUCAUCGAGCUGUGUUCCACUUUAAAAUAUGGAGAGACCAGUGUCGAUUUAAUUGUUAAAAAUCGGACCGAACUUUCUCCAACAUUUCGUCGAUUAUGCGGAAUAAGAAAAGCAGCCGUGAAAGCUGAUCUCUUCACCUUUAUUAAAUUUCCCUUCGUUUUAAACGCACAGGAUGAAUUGCCACCACCACCAACGUUUGACUCGGCCUUAUUUUCCAUUGAGCACAAACUUGUCGUUCUUAUGAAAAAGUAUGGCGACUAUGUGACCAUCAAGGAGAAAGUGAUUCAGUUCCCAGGCCAACUUGAAAUCUGUCGGGGACCUCAUUUGACAAGUUUAAUAGAGCAAGAAGUGCGCGUGGAUGGGGUGAAAGUCGCCGUUGAACUGCCACGAGAUGAAUUUCUCAUUAGUGAAAGCAUCCCAUUCACUGUCAGAUUGUUGGACUCGUUACGCGUCGGGGUUAAAAAAGUUGAGAUUUCUCUCCUGCAAAAGGUACGACUUGACGGAGAGAAUGAUGCGGAGUCCAGGGUUUUGGAUUGUGUAACGUUUAAACGGUUCUUGAAAAGAGAGAUGUGUGAACGAAGGGGAAAGUUUAGUGGGAACUGUGUCAAAGUUCCGUCAUACUGCUCAACGUGUGAUACGUUUUUUAGUAUCGGGUAUGAAAUUGAGAUUCAGAUUGUCACCAUGGAUUUAAAAACGGCUAGUGGGAGUAUACCUGUCACCUUGGGAACCGUUUCUAAAGCACCGAUUCCAUCCACCGUUCCCCGAGAAGGGGACGAAUAUGAUGCUGCCCUGGCACAAAUCCCUAGGAGAAGGUCACCCUCGUUCUUAUCGAUACGGUCGAUGUCGCUCUUGUCCAUAUUUCCACCCUCAUAUUCGCAACUGGGGUCGAGAAGAUCGUCAAUAGCGUCGAUUCAGACGUUGCCACCACAUUACGACGACGUUGUCCACUAACGUACAGUUGGAUUGACCAAUAUGAGAUGGAUCAGUAUUUGCAUGUUAGCUAUUACAUACGAUAUGUGGAAAUUAUUACGGGUGAAGAAGUGUUCACCCGACUUAUUUGAAAUUAUUUGAAAUUUCUAAAUAUUUC